UUUAUAUUAGACGUAUUACGGGAAUAGGGGGACGGCCAUAAACUAAACUGUCUUCCAGAAAUACAAAUAAUUUUACCAAGCUAUGCCUCUUGUUUCCUGAUUGAAGUCCAGACAAGACAACACAUUUCAUCGGAGGUAUAACCGCAGCGUUUAUCAGAUGGCACUAUCAGGAUGGAUCUGUGUGGUAACUGGUGCUUCCAGAGGAAUUGGAAGAGGUAUUGCCCUCCAGUUAUCUGAGGCGGGCGCUACGGUGUACAUCACCGGUCGUCAGGAGAAAACUCUGAAGCAGACAGCAGCUGAGGUGACAGAGAGAGGUGGCCGGUGUCUCCCAGUGGUCUGUGACUCAUCUAAAGAGGAUGAAAUCAAGGAGCUGUUUGAACGUGUCCAGCGCGAGCAAAAUGGGAGACUUGACUUACUGGUGAAUAAUGCCUAUGCGGGUGUGCAGGCUAUUAUGAACAACUUGAACAAAAAGUUCUGGGAGGUGGAUCCAGACAUUUGGGACACAAUCAACAACACUGGACUCAGGGGCCACUACUUCUGCUCGGUGUAUGCUGCACGGAUGAUGGUGGAGCAGGGCAAAGGCUUGAUUGUGUUCAUAUCAUCCAUGGGUGGCCUGCUCUAUCUCUUUAAUGUGUCCUAUGGGGUCGGCAAAGCUGCAUGUGACAGAAUGGCAGCGGACAUGGCAAUAGAGCUGAAGAAGAGAGGCGUGGUUUCUCUAAGCCUUUGGCCAGGGGUUGUUCAGACUGAGUUAAUUAAUCAGUUUGUAUCUAGUGAUGAGGCUCCUCCAGGAUUUGAUCCAAAAUUGAAGCAAAUGUUCAGUAAGGGUGAGACGACAGAGUUAAGUGGACGAUGCAUAGUUGAGCUGGCCAAAGAUAAAAAUCUGAUGUCAAUGACUGGGCAGGUUUUGAUGACCUGUGACCUCGCUCACCGCUAUGGAUUCAAUGAUGUUGAUGGUCGCAGUGUCACGGACUACACCUCUCUAAAGUUCCUCAUUUCCCAGGUACCCUAUCUGUCCUGGCUGUCCGUAUUCACUCCUUCAUUCAUCAGAUUGCCUCGCUCCAUGCUGAGCCUUUUCAGUGGAAAAAUAUAAUAUGCCUCAGGGAAGAUACAGUAGCCACUUUUCCACCAUCAGGCCAAAUGGUUCUGUUUGAAGAACCUUUAUUUUCUGCGCCGUUCCUAGCCGGCCAGUACAGUUAGGCUUUAGUUUUCCACUGCGGAUUCAAUUCAAAUGCUUCAGUUGUUGCCAUGUCACGCUUAACAAGCUACAGAGAGAGAUCCUGAGAGACGCCGACGCACCUUUCCAGGCUCACAUGGAAACGCAGCUGGAACUGUACCUGACAGUGCUUACAACCGUUCGGCCCGAUAGUAGAAAAGUUUCUUUUUUCUAACAUGUCUUGGUGCAAAGACUGGCUAUUUUUGGUAAUCCUGUCAUUUAAAGACAGAAAUAAUAAAGAAAUAAAGUUGUUUCUAAUAUGAUGA